UGCGUUGUGUUGAGAAACAUCCGUUGUUUAUCAAACUAAAAUGUCUGAAUCUGAAAGUGUUGAAAAGAAUGAUGACAGUGAAUCAAUUCCUCCACCCUCGGCAACUAAUGAAAGUGUGAUAGAACAAAAAUCAAAUGAUACUAAUUUAUCACCAGUUUCAUCCGAUACGAAACUGAAAACCAAUUUAAAAGUGGACAUUCUACUAAAGUCAGCAGGAGAUGCACCUAUUAUGAAGAAGAAAAAAUGGACUGUUGACAGAAGUAAAAAAGUUUGCUGGGUUACAGAUUUUAUUAAAAAAUAUAUAAAAAGUGAGCCAUCUGAUUCACUGUUCCUGUAUGUAAAUCAGUCAUAUGCACCUUCACCAGAUACAGAUAUUGGAUCCAUAUUUGAUUGCUUUGGGAGUGAUGGAAAAUUAGUACUACAUUACUGUCGAACACAAGCCUGGGGAUGAUCAUUACUUUGCAUAUUAAGAUAUCAUUUUAUUUAUACUAUUGGAAAUGUCUGUGUAAGAAUGUUUUAAACAAAGACUGAUGAGCUUUAAAAAAUUGGUUAAUUUUUAUUGAUAUUUUAUUGUGUGGGUUGUGUUAUAAAUCAGUUUUGUGGUCAGAAAGAAAAUAAUUGUGUGCCUACUGUUUGUUUUGUUUUAUAUACCCUAAAUGAAUAAUUUGCAAAGUAACGACUUGGUUUGCAAAUAUAUUCCAAGAGUUAAAAGAAACUCAUAGGGUAAAUAUAACAUGAAUUUAAUGUAUAUCUGCAUUUUUUUGUGAUACACGUGAAUUUUUUAAAUCACAUGAAUGGUAAUCCCUCUGUAAAUAGAUACAACCAUUCCAUGUGGCAUAAUUUUUGUCAAAGGCUAAAUGUAUGCGCUGUGUAAAAAGUAUCAAUAUUCUAUUAUCAUCAUAACUUUAAUGUACUUUUGUUGAAUAAUUUUAAUAAAUCCCAUACAAAGCAAAAAAGUUGUUUGUAGCG